AUGGCUCAACUAACAUUUGAUGAAUUUAAAAUGAGAUUAUCUGUAUGGCGCGACGCGAUCCCAAUGUACGAGGGAGGGACAAGACUUCUGUCUCAUUUUAUCCAAACGUGUGAUAAAUUCACUGAAAAUCUUACAACAAACGAUAAUGCGAUCAACGAGUCGUUGUAUGCUCUUAUCAAAUCAAAACUACGCGGAGAGGCACUUGAUUUGGUAGUUGUUAAUAAACCCAUAGACUGGCCCCAAUGUAAGACACUCUUAAUUAAUAGAUAUAGCGACCCUAGCUCGGAAGAAUUAUUAUUUAACCGACUCAGUACUUGUUAUCAACAAACCAAUCAAACGUAUGAAGAAUACGCCGACGAAGUCAAAAUUCGUUUGAACAAGCUAAAAGAGCAUGUACAACUAAAUAAUCAGGAUAACAAUAUAAUUGCUAUGAAAAGUAACUUCUAUGAUAAUAUUGCGAAAAAUGUAUUUAUUGAUGGAAUUAAACAGCCGUAUCAUUCACAUCUGACGCAUUUUGCAUUGACUGACAUCGAGGAUUGCCUAAAAAAAAUGUAG